AUGUACUUGAAAGGUGUUAAAUUGCCUAGGAAUGUAGUUGUUGAGAUUGAUACUCCGAGGCUUAAGUAUCUCACUCUCAUAGAUAACAACUUCAAAAGAUUCUUCAAGAUUAUCAGUAUGAGUGAUUCUGUCAAGGUUGAUAUCGAUGUCGACCGCCACGACCUACCGGGUUAUAUAUUAUCGCAAAUAAAUGUUAUCUACAAUCUUCUUAGCAAUUUUACAGCCGUUAAAGUUAUGACCAUCUCACGGAAGACUCUUCAGUUGAUCUAUUUUUUCCGAGACGACAUUAACCCACUACCCAAAUUUCGUAGCUUGAUCCGUCUGCGUGCUUCAAUGUUCUUAGACACCCCUUUGGUAUUAUUGCCAAUCGUUCUUGAGAGCUGCCCGAAUCUGAAACACUUGAACUUGGAAUUAGUUAAAGAUGGUUAUAGAGUGGAAAACAAGCUUUCGACUGUGCUGUCUUUUUGUUUGGUAUCGUCCCUUGAGUCUGUUGAAAUGGAAAGCCCAAUAACGGAGAAAGAAACAGAGAAGAAACUGGUUAGAUACUUUCUAGACAAUGCGACAUCACUCAAGAAGCUCGUUCUACGUUUGAAUCUGUCUCAGGGAGAGAAACACGAGUCUGAUGAUCACUUUAAAUCACGGUUUGACUCUCCAAGACGCUCUAGUUUGUGUAAAUUCGAAGUUAUUACUACAGUGGCUCAGACUGCAAAUGUAUGA